AUGCGUUUCAUUCAGUUUGGGCCCAUCUCCAGGGCCCAAACCUCGGCCACUCCCCGCCGUCCGAUAAACCCCAGAUCAUUGCGCCCGCAACGCCGAUAUAACUCUGAUUCCACUGGACAGAAGAACCCCGCGGGGAACAGCAAAUCAGAACACCCCCAUUCACGGCAACAUGAUGCAGUCCCACCUGCACAGCCGGCAGUCGCAGCCGGCGCAGCAACCGUACCCUCUACCGGUGGACUGGUGCGAUCUCGCGGCAUUCGCGAUGUUAUAAUGGCUGGGCCCAUUGGGAAGUCUGGGAGGUGGUAUGCGCGCAUGCAAGAGCGCAAGCCAUAUGCGACACAACUCUGGAGUUCGAUCAUCAUUUAUCUGUGUGGUGAUCUGAGUGCGCAAAUACUGUUUCCCACUGAGGUUCCUGCGCCUGCAAAGGAAGGCGCCGAAAUUGAUGAGAAUGAGGAAGAGCGGGAGACUGUCGCAGCUGGAUACGACCCGUACAGAACUUUGCGGCAUCUUUGUGUUGGAGUUGGGUCGAGUAUCCCAUCUUAUAAAUGGUUUGCGUUCCUCAGCAACAACUUCAACUACUCGAGCAAAAUCCUCUCGAUUCUCACCAAAGUCGUCGUGCAGCAAACGGUCUUUACUCCCAUCUUCAACACAUACUUUUUCAGCGUGCACUCCCUCCUUGGCGGCGCAACAUUUGACGAAACUUGGGAGCGCUUGAAGAAGGCCCUCCCCGUUAGCAUUCAAAAUAGCGUGAAGCUUUGGCCUGCGGUUACAGCAUUUAGCUUUAUGUAUGUGCCAGCGCAGUUCCGCAAUGUGUUCUCGGGCUGUAUUGCCGUUGGUUGGCAGACGUAUCUCAGUUGGUUGAAUCAGAAGGCCGCCAAGGAGGUGUUAGCUGCGGAGCAGCUUGCGGCGGCCGAGGAAAGAGCCGGGAGCGCAUUGAAUGCUGCUUCUGGUCGGAAUAUGAUUCCUGCUGGAGCAUGA